AGUCUAUAUAAUUAUAAUAUUCUUAAUUUCAGGUGUACAAGAAACACAAAACACAAGAAGAAAUAGACAGCCUGUCGGCGGUGUAUAUGCUGGUGUACAAGAAACAGAGAGCACAAGUGAUGAUGGACAGCAUGUCGACAUCGUUCAUGUUGAUGACGUAGUUGACGAAUUGCCACUGCCAGAUUUACCAGGAUGUCCAAGAGCAGGCCAAGCGAGAAACGCGCAUGGGAACUAUUCUGAAUUGCAUCCAGGUAUUGCUGUUCUAUGCAAAACAGAAGAUAUACCGGUAUAUAUUAGAUCUCGCUAUAGAAUUUAUGACAGAAUUGUUGUUCUUAAUAAACCAAAGGAUGAAGUCGUGCCAUCAGGCAACAGACUGACAGCUAGAACUUUUGCUGUUAGUUAUGGAAUGCGUCCAGUAAAGUGGAGUCAAUGGUCUGACUUAAGUCUAGUUAACACAGCGGCCGAUGGAAACUCAGCUUAGUCAUAUCAACACUGGUUUGGCAUAUCCAUAGGCGACAUAAGGCUCAAAGCAACUUUUUUCUGUAAAGUAAGGAGCAUUGCGAUACAUGAUAAGAAAUUGUGCAAUAAAUUGUAUUAUGGGUGCUCAGUGAAGGAUUUGGCAACAAUUUUAUCAGACAUGAAAAUAGCCACAGAUAUUCGGAAUUUAUCGAUUUUAUUUAUAUGUGACCAGCAUUUUAUUUAUCAAUUCUUGCCAUUUUUUGGAGGAUGAAUGGGUCUUGUUACAUUUUGAGAUUUUUACCAGUAUUUUAUGUGCUAUGUUAAGUGCCAGUAAACUUUAAUAAAAAUCAUACUUUCAUCAAUUAUUGCACAAACGUAUUUUUCUAUAACUUAACUUGGUUGAAUAAUUGGUUGGUGCUUAAGUCCGUUAUUUUUAACUUAAAUAUAAUUUCAAUGUUCACUAGGUAUUGUGGUGACAUUUUGACAAGCGUUUGUGUCUCAAGGAAAAGUGAUUCAAACAAUCAUAAUUUGACAUUGUAACAUUGCUUUUAUUGACAGAAGGUGCAGUGGUCAUAGUGAACAAACAUAUCUUUACUUACUUAAAUACAUUCCAGUUCUAAAUAUUAUCACAGCAUUCUAAAGUUAAGAUUGAAAUGUUACAAACUUAUGUGAGAUGGUUCGGAGCUCAGCUAGUAAUUUGACAAAUGAACCCAAAAGAAUACCAAAAAUGUUCAUCAGUAAAUUAUUGCCUUAAAGUUAUCAAGGCUAUUGUUACAAUAUUUUGUAGUUAUCAGUCUCAUCUUGUUAUCUAAAUAUUUUGUUGAAUGGUUUGUUCCGAUGAUGAGCAUCAUAUAAAAAGAAAACUUUGCCUGGACAGUUGAAACCAAGACCUGGUAGGCCGAAAUGUUCGGCAAUUUCUAUUUGAUGUAUGUAUAAGGCACAUUAUGCCUCAGAAAUCCAUAUUGUUUUAUUCUUAAGAACUGUCAAACAUGUGUUUUAAAUGUUAAAUAGCAAAUUGAGAGAAUGUUAGAUGUUUUAUAACUGAAGAAAAUGGAACUGAACAUGCAGGAAUGUGUUGUAAGAGAAGAAAAUUGUAAAUAAAGUAGUAUUUCACUUUAUAGUUAUACCAAUUACAAAGCAACAGAAGCAAAAGGUAGUACAUCUAUAUGGCAAUUGAGUAUUUUUGGAAGCUGUAAAAAGAUAUAAAAAGCAAAAUGGUUUAAAGAUAGCAUGUCUGAGGCAUAAUGGCCCUUGAAUAUAAUUAAUAUACAUGCUUCAGUUAACACAAAACCACAAACUCGUUUGCAAACGUCUUUUCAGUCAGAUAAGGUGUUUCAUAUUGUCCAAUAAUAUGCGUUGUUAUAUUUCCUUUUUUUCUCUCUUUAUUCAAUGUUCAGUAUUGAAGGGAUUUUUACCAUUUUGCAUUGUCCAUCUGUUUUGUAUUUGUUUUGAAAGUUGUCGAAAUGUUGUUUUUUUUCCAUAUCAUUUUGAAAGACCUUUUAUUUUAUUUUUAUACAUUUAUUCAUCUUAACAUAGGAAAACAUGAUAAGAUGUCAGAAAUUGCCAAACAGGUUUCCCCUUCCGGCAACAAGGAAAUAAAAAUUGUAGAUCCAAAUCUUAUCUGUAAAACAAAUUGCAUGGAAGUUUAUUUCAUAUAGUUUAUGGUAGACAAAAUAUUCUUAUUAUGAAAUGACAAACUAUGAAAAUGUAUAUGUAUGUUCAUCAACGAAUUUUAAGGCAGUUAUUUAACAUUAUUUAUUCUGUAUUUUAUCCUACUGAGAAAAAAAAACAUGGAAGGAUUUUACAUAUAAUGAUCUCUUAGACACAACUUCAAAUACAAAUACAUUUCAUUUGCUUAAAGAUAUACUAUGCUCAUCAUUAAAUGAAAUAUUUUAAUCUCUGAAAUUUAUUCAAAUCUAUAAAAUUCUUACUGAAUAUGUCUGAAUUUGAAUAAAAGAAUGAAUAAACUAUGUAUUGGAAACUGAGUUCCCUAUAACUACGGAAACGUAUAGCGACCACCCCUAUAUGUUAGUUAAAACAAAAUUUUUGACAAUUUAUUUAAUACAUAUUUUAUACCUAUCCAAUUUUUACAAACUUACUUGAUCUGAAAUAUUUAUCCAGUAAUAUCUACAGCCCCUGCAUGUUGGUAAAAACAGAAUUUAAGACAAUUUAUUUAACACACGAUAUAUAUUUGACCAAUAUUUACAUUGUUAUUUGAUCUUGAAUAUAUAUCAUUUACUCAAUCUGCUGUUUAUAUUGCUGAAUUCAAAUUUAUGUGACAUUUUUCUGUUAAUUUAUAUGUAUUAGUUAUAUAUAUUGAGGUUUUUUGUUCGCAUACCUCUAUCAUUAUAAAAUAUAAUAUAACAUAUUUUACAAUUUAUAUUUGAUAAUGAGGACAGAAAAAUCUCGCACAAUAGAAAGCUUUUUUUAAAAAUUAUGUAUGAAACAUUUGAUUGAGGCUUUUUGUAUUCCAAAGAUUAAGGAAUGUUUAAAUAAUUGUGCUUCAGAUAGUGUUACAAGAUAAAGAUUAUAUAAAAAAGACAAACUCCGUUAGUUGUUAAUAAGCAUAAAAUAAGCUAGUGAAGUAGUACCUGAUGUAAAUUAGUUAUCAUAGAAACCAUUAUAUUUUUGAAAACUUACCAUUAAAAAUGUAUGUACAGAGGAUGGUACAUGAUAAAUAUUAAAUAAAAUGGUAUAUUCGACCACUUGAUGAUAUUAUAGGAACAGAGAUCACUAAGCUUUAGCGAUAUUUCGUCUUAUAUGAUGUGUGACACGAGAAAAGUCAAGACAUUUGUAUUUGAUAAAGGAAGCAAUUAAAUCAAGUUAUGUUGUAAAUCAUAUAUGAUACGUAUUUUGUUUGUAAUCUAUCGUACGUUUUUAUCUUAUAAUGCAAGAUAUACUACUUUUUACUACUUUAAACUUUUUGACAAAAUGAAAAACUAAAACACUUACAUCUUUUUAAAUAUGUAAUUCUUUCCUCAAAUCAUAUUUGCAUAAAACAAACAUACUAUAAAACUGUAAAAAAAGUCAUUUGAUAUAUAUCAUAUGGGGAUGGUCGCUAUACGUUUCCGUACUAUAACAGGUCAAGAAAUUUGGUCUUUUCUUAAUAAAAACACUGCCAGUACUGUUUAAUGACACUGCAUAUUAAUAUUGUGAUCAGCUAUAGUAUGCAAAAUUUAAAAUAUUUAAAAUAACAUACCUACUUUGUGUGAUGUCAAAACAAAUUUAUUUUACUAGACUAAUUAUAUUUAAAAAGAGACUGUGUAGCAAUAAUAAAUUAUUUUUUUAAUAUCAGAUUUGAGCAUAGUAUAUCUGUUGUACAUAUAUACCAAUGUCUUUCAAGUGCAAUAGAAAUAUUGCUGAGAUUAUUAUUCCCAUGAUUUAUAGUAAUUUAUAUAUAACUUAUACAUGCACAUUUUUUCUAAUAUUUUGUUCUUACAUUUUUUUUCUAGAAAGAUAAUUUGAUAUAUAUAUAUAGGGAUAGUAAAAUUGCUCUUAAGAAGGCAUACAAAUAGUUUGGUGCUUCAACAUUAGUUUGAUAAUGUCUUAGAUUAUUUUGCGUUUUAAAAGUUGUUCAAAUUUAGGGCGUGAAAAUAUAUAUAUUGAAAUUGAAUUGAUAUUAAAUAUUUUUCAUUAAAUAUUUUUUUAAAAGUUUUGUAUUUGUCCGUAUUAAUUGUAUGUUUGAUAAUACAAAACUAUUUUCGUUAAAGUAACAUACAAGUAGACAGUAUUUAAUGAAAUUAUCAUUUGUAUACAUUCUAAACUGACCUUAGUCCCUUGAACAAUCCACAAACAUUUUUAUAUGAAAUCAUUUUUUUUUUCAUUUUUUUUUCUCAUAAUCUUUUCAUUUAUUAUCAAUCGUAUGCUGUUAAUAUUGUUUAACGAAGUUUUGCUCAUGUAACAUGACAACGGUGUGUACCGUUGUUUUACCACAAUUCUGAUAUUUGCCUGUACAGUGUAUUACAAUUUAUUUAAAGUUCAACAGUUAUGAAAUGUUGUUCAUUUUGUUUACUCUUGUAAAAGUCGUCUUUUUAUGUGAAAAAAAUAAAUUUGUACAU